AUGGCGCUACAGCAGUCGAAGAGGUGUGUUUACUUGUUUACAGCGUCACCCGACGAGGAGAUGAAGAAGAUCGUGCUGAAGGUGGUGAAGCAGUGCGUGGGCACGGACGGAGUGGACGCGGCGUACGUGAAGGAGGAGAUCCUGCCGGAGUAUUUCCGGGCCUUCUGGGUCCGCCGAAUGGCGCUCGACAGGCGGAACCACAAGCAGGUGGUGGAAACAACCGUGGAGAUCGCGAACAAGGUGGGCGUCUCGGAGGUGCUGAGCCGCAUCGUGGAGGGCCUCAAGGACGACAACGAGCCCUACCGCCGCAUGGUCAUGGAGACCAUAGAGCAGGUCAUACAGAACCUGGGUGCGGCGGACGUGGACACGCGGCUGGAGGAGCAGCUCAUCGACGGCAUUCUCUUCGCCUUCCAGGAGCAGGAGGAGUUGCUGAUCGACGGCAUUCUCUUCGCCUUCCAGGAACGGACGGAAUCGGAGACGUACACGAUGCUCAACGGAUUCGGGACGGUCGUAAACGCCCUGGGGCUCCGUGCCAAGUCUUACCUGCCGCAGAUUUCGGGGACCGUCAAGUGGCGCCUCAACAACAAAAGCGCUAAAGGCCGCAUGCAGGCGUCCGAACUGAUCGGUCGCAUCCCGGUGGUGAAGAAAACGUGUGGGGAGGAGGUCUUGAUGUCCCACCUUGGCGUGGUGCUGUACGAAUACCUGGGCGAAGAAUACCCGGAGGUGCUGGGUUCCAACCUCGGAGCGCUCCAGGGAUAUGCAAUCGUGAACGUGAUCGGUAUGAGCAAGAUGAAGCCGCCUAUCUCGGAGCUGCUGCCGCGGCUGACCCCCAUCCUUAAGAACAGACACGAAAAGGUGCAGGAGAACUGCAUCGACCUGGUUGGCCGCAUCGCCGACCGCGGGCCCGAGCACGUGAGCGCUCGCGAGUGGAUGCGCAUCUGCUUCGAGCUCCUGGAGAUGCUCAAGGCACACAAGAAGGCUAUCCGCAGGGCCGCCGUAAACACGUUCGGGUACAUCGCCAAGGCUAUCGGGCCGCAAGACGUGCUGCACACUCUCCUUAACAACCUCAAGGUCCAGGAGCGUCAGAACCGCGUCUGCACGACCGUAGCGAUCGCAAUCGUGGCGGAGACCUGCGCUCCCUUCACGGUGGUGCCAGCCUUGAUGAACGAGUUCCGAGUGCCGGAGCUCAACGUUCAAAACGGAGUCCUGAAGGCCCUAUCGUUCAUGUUCGAGUACAUCGGGGAGAUGGCCAAGGACUACAUCUACGCCGUGGCGCCGCUGCUGGAAGACGCCCUCAUGGACCGUGACUUGGUUCACCGUCAGACGGCGUGUACGACAGUGAAGCACCUCUCCCUCGGCGUGGCGAUGCUUGGCUGUGAGGACGCCCUGGUGCACCUGCUGAACUUCGUGUGGCCCAACAUCUUCGAGACCAGCCCCCACGUCAUCAACGCGGUCUUCGAGGCGAUCGAGGGGAUGUCCGUCGCGCUGGGGGUGACGCGGAUUCUUCAGUACGUGCUGCAGGGCCUCUUCCACCCCGCGCGCCGGGUGCGCGAGGUGUACUGGAAGCUGUACAACUCGCUCUACAUCCUGGGCGCCGACGCCCUUACCCCUGCCUACCCCCGCCUAACUGACGACGGCAACAACGCCUACCGACGCACUCACCUCGAGCUGUUCGUCUGA